AAAGUCAAGCAAAAGUAACAAAAGUGUUUGCUUCUCACUGAUCUCUCUCUAUUCCGUUCAAAGCGCUUCACAGAACGGAGAAAAAGAAAAUACCCAUUUCUUCAGAGUGAAAAAUCCACGAGACAUGUCUUCCACCUUCGACGUUUUCACCGUCGACGACGACCACUUCGCAGCCCCCGCCGCCCCCGCCGCCGCAGACACCUUCUCCGGCUACGGCGACUUCUCCACCUUCCCCGCCGAAGACGUCCCCAUCGACCAUGUGGCGGCGGCUUCGCCGGAGAUCUUCGGCUUCAGCGAUCCCGAUCCAGGCUACACUCAGUCUCCCUUCGACGUAGUCGAGAAUGGGAAUGAAAAUGGCUCCGAAAACGUCUAUAGCAACGGCGUCUUUGUCUCCGACGGACCGGUGCUGCCGCCACCGGGAGAAAUGGAGCCGGAGGAAGGCUACGUCCUUCGGGAGUGGCGCCGUCAAAAUGCCAUUCAGCUUGAGGAGAAGGAGAAAAGGGAAAAGGAGUCGAGAAUAAAGAUUUUUGAGGAAGCCGAGGAGUAUAAGGUGGCUUUCUAUGAGAAAAGGAAGCUUAAUGUUGAAACCAACAAGGUUCAAAACAGAGAAAGGGAAAAGUUAUACCUGGCUAAUCAAGACAAAUUCCACAAAGAGGCUGACAAAAAUUACUGGAAAGCUAUAGGGGAGAUAAUUCCUCGUGAGGUUCCCAACAUUGAGAAGAAAAGAGGCAAAAAGGAUCAGGAUAAGAAGCCAUCAAUCACAGUUGUCCAAGGCCCAAAGCCUGGCAAACCCACAGAUCUUUCUAGGUUGAGGCAGAUAUUGUUGAAGCUUAAGCAUACACCACCACCUCACAUGAUUCCACCUCCCCCUGCACCAGCUAAAGACUCCAAAGAUGGGAAAGAUAAAAAAGAAACAGCACCUAAAACAAAUGGAUCUGCACAAGGUACACCUGAAUCACAACCAAAGGAUGCCACCACUAAUAACGGUUCUGCGGAUUUACCCCAGAAAGAAGCUUCACUAUCCCCUGAGGAUCAGGCUUCUACAUAAGCCUGAUUUUGCACACUACAGUCCUAACAAUCUUUCUUUUGCUAUCCUUAUUCACCUGGCAAUUCGUUACGGAUCCUUAUGUCAUGCUUCUGUGGCUUUUUUGGUGUGCAAUUUGUUUUCAACUUUGAGGUUUUGUAUCAAUUGUAUCUUUUAUUGACUAUUAUUUGACCUUGGAAAUUCAUAUCUUGAUGGGUUUAAUACGUCAUUUAAAAAUAAAGAGUAUUUUUUCUCUUCUA